AGGAGGAAGAGUUAGUCAGCUGAUGUGUUGUCGAACUGUGGAGUGGACAUUUAAACUCGAGUUAAAAGAGUAGAAUUUAUGGAAAUAUAUGUAUUUUUGAAAACAAAAACCGUGUUCCUUUGUCACUUCAGCAGGACAAAUGUUAAAUAUAUAAACAUUUUGCGAUAUUCUCAGCUAGCAUACAAGCUAGCUAACUUACAUGAGGAAAAACAGUUAAAUGAAGUAACGUUAGUGGCCGUGCAUAAAAGUAAGAAAUGAGCAGAAAAAGAGCCCUGAUCGCAGACACGUUCUGUUUAACAAAGAGACGCAGAUGUGCAGCUGACAGUGUGACCGGUAAGAGUCAAGCAGAUGGGGCAGCUGAUAUCAGGUCAAGCUUGCAGUAUCUCAUGACACUGUUUUCACGAAAGCUCUUCAACGACAGUCUCCCACCAGUGGUCCUAAAACACCAGCUGUACAGUUUACACAAUGACAAAACCUCAGUGGACAAGCAAGUGAAUGAGUUGAGGGAAAAUGGCGAGCUGUUGAUGUUCCAGCUGGGGUUCGACUCCGAGGCCUUCGCUUUGGUGUUUGCUGAAGAUUACAGAACAAAAGUCCUGCAGGGGGAAGCUGGCAUAGAAACGUUGGGAACUGUAGAGAAAUUUCUGGCCAAACUAAUACCCGGCUGCUCCGAUUUGAGUUUCAACAAGGAACAAAUGCUUAAGGAGUUCCUCUUUACAGACCCAGAGAUAACGCAGCUGGUGAAAUCAGGCGUCCUCACUGUGAGGGAUGCGGGCAGCUGGUGGCUUUCAAUCCCGAACUCUGGCAAAUUCAUUAAGUACUUCAUUAAGGGACGCAAAGCUGUUCUCGGCAUGGUUAAGAAAUCCAAAUACGGUGAAAUCCUCAAGACUGAAUUGGAGGGACGCCGCACAACUUCACAGGUCAAAUUCCAGAUGAAGUAUCACAUUCAUGAUAUAAUGGGAGCAGAGUUAGUGGAAUGCAUACAGACAACAUCAGGAACAUUAUUACGAUGCGUGGACGGAAACGUCAACUAAGAGCUCCACUCACUUGACUUGAAUUGAACUGUGUAAUGUAUUUAUUGCCAUUUAAUUUGGUUACAAAAAGCAGAAUCAACUGUGCACAAUAUAUAUAUAAUAAAAUUUUGCCAAACUUCUUGGUGUCAAAUGGUGUCUUUGUUGGCACCACUCAGGAUCGCCACUAGUUAAGGUUUUGAGACCAUAUGUUGCUACCAGUUACAUGGCAUUUACAGCUUAAGACAGUUGUGUCCAGAACUGAGUGUAAAUUACCACGGUAAAAAGCAAAUCACAUACUUUCGGGAGUCCUGCACCAACCUCACUAUUUAACCGACUGCUGAAGGCUAAAAUCGGAACGACAGAAGGUUGGGCGGAGCUACAUAAGGUUUCUAAUUGAAACAAAACGCAACUUUUUAGGGUUUAAUCUAAAUUUAUUGCGUUUCAUUAUCUCUGUAAAACAAGUGACGUAAUGAAUACCCCUAAAAACAGGGUUACAAUCUGGCUAUAACAGUGCAGAAAUAGCUCGAUAGGGUGAUCAAAAAUGACGCACAUUCUGUAUUUGUGCCUCGGGACAGUUCAAGUAAGUAUGUAAAAGUGUUAAAAGUCAGAAUACCUUGGACAUGAUGUGCUGCUCAAAUCAAUAAGACAAUCAGUUGAUUUCAGAAUAUAAACACAUUUGACAGUUACAUGUUAUUAGUACAGUAAGAAGUAAAAUGUAAGUGAUUAAGUGGAAUAAACCGCAUCAAGAGAAAACGUACUAAUUCCUGUAGUGUACGCUUUUGACCGUAGUCUUUCUUUUUGUAAAAUUAGCAAAUAUAAAAAGUGUCAAAAAGAAGAAAGUUUCUAAAAAUGUGUUAACAAAAAAAUAGAUAUGGCUGAAGAUGGUGUAUUAUAAAUGCCCAAAGAGCAUCAAGGUGUUCAUAUACCGCUAAAUUAAGAUUGACACAAUGUCCCAUGUGAUCCAUUAGAUAUUUUUUAAAAAGCCAUUGUUGAACGCUGAUAUUUGGGGACUAAAACUAGUUCUGCCCAUUCUGAGACUUCUUGACAUACUGGGACCAACAAAACAUUUCCUGGCCAUGUUUCACCUCAAAAGAAAAAUGGAAAUUAUACUUUGAUUACACAAAAAUAAAGCCUAUUUUUAGGAUCAUGCAUUAUGAUAUAUUAUGACAUUCAAUUAAGCCCAUUUUCCCAAUCAAAGUUCUCAUUAUAGUAAAAUAUUAUAGUAAAAUUCAUACAAAAAAAUACUACAUUUCAAAAAUUAUAUUGCAAUAAGGGAAAUUUAACUGUGACAAAAAGGUCCUAAAAAGAGGCUUCAUUUUUUUUGUUUUCUUAAAAAUUUAGGAGUGAAAUGUGGCUAGGACAUGUUUUCGUGUAUAAUUAGUGUGGCCUUAAAUUACAGUAUAACCUCCCCAAAACAAAUGGCAAAUAGUGUGAACGCAAGUAUAAAAAUCAGUUUGGACACCUCAUCCUUCCAUUAACAGAACCUCAUGUUUCAGAAACAGGUGCGAGGUAAGCUAACUUUAUCGCUUUC